CAGCAGCUGAAGCAUUCAGCAUGGCUGGCCCUGGCACCACACCGCUUGAACUCCGGCCUGCCUGUGAAUAUUGGGGUGCUCUUUGUGCCGCAGCAGGAGGCUUGGGUGGUGGAGAGGAUGGGCAAGUUCCACCGAAUCCUCGAGCCUGGCUUGAACUUCCUCAUCCCUCUGCUGGAUCGAAUUCGUUAUGUGCAGAGUCUCAAAGAAAUAGUGAUUAAUGUUCCGGAGCAGUCAGCUGUCACCCUAGAUAACGUCACCCUGCAGAUUGAUGGUGUGCUCUAUCUGCGGGUUAUGGACCCCUACAAGGCCAGCUAUGGAGUGGAAGAUCCUGAGUAUGCAGUGACCCAGCUGGCCCAGACCACCAUGAGAUCUGAACUUGGCAAACUCUCCCUCGACAGAGUCUUCCGGGAGCGGGAGUCCCUCAAUGCCAACAUUGUGGAUGCCAUCAACCAGGCUUCAGACUGCUGGGGCAUCCGGUGCCUGCGCUAUGAGAUCAAGGACAUCCAUGUACCCCCGCGUGUGAAGGAAUCCAUGCAGAUGCAGGUGGAAGCAGAGCGACGGAAGCGGGCAACGGUGCUGGAGUCGGAGGGGACACGGGAGUCGGCCAUCAAUGUGGCUGAGGGGCAGAAGCAGGCCCAGAUCCUGGCGUCAGAAGCUGAGAAGGCUGAACAAAUCAACAAAGCUGCUGGGGAAGCCAACGCCAUGCUGGUCAAGGCCAGGGCCAAGGCCGAGGCUAUUCAGCUCCUGGCAGCAGCUCUGGCACAGCAGAACGGCAGCGCUGCUGCCUCUCUCUCUGUGGCAGAGCAGUACGUGAAUGCCUUCUCCAAGCUUGCCAAAGAUUCCAACACCCUUCUCCUGCCCACCAACACCGGUGACAUCACCAGCAUGGUCACGCAGGCCCUGGGCAUCUACACCACGCUGACCAAGCCACAGGCUGUGAAGACCCAAGACGAGAUGCCCCCAGUCCGCGAGGACCCCCAGGCUCCUCCCGCAGAGGUGCUGAAGGCAGAAGAGGCCAGCUCCAGCUAGUGGGACUGGAAGGGUCCCCCACCCUCCCCUGGGGGCUGCUGGAAGUCCUGUCCUGCCACUCUUCCCCCUUAAGACGCUCUUCUUCCCUUGGUUUUUAUUUUAUAUUUGGAUUUAAAUAAUGUAAUAAAUGGUACCAGUGCUGCCGCAGCACCUCCCCUGG